UUGUCAUUAACAAAUAGGUAAGUUUAUUCUCUAUAGGGUAUCUAAAUAUCUUGUCUCGCACUGGGAUCAUUACGAGAUAGUAUGUUCUCAAAAAUUAUGCGAUUAAUUUUCAACAAAAAAACUAACAUAAUGAGCUUCAAUUUUCUAAUGAUAAACAAAGAAAAUCAAUAAAAAGCAAAGUUCAAUAAAUAAUACUCAAAACUAUUUUCGAACCUCGUAUUAAUUAUGAACAAAGAUAUAACUAAACUAUUUUUUAGAAAUGAUUGGCAAUUGUAAGAAUGAGAUACACGUUCACACAUCACAUCAAAUUUCAAAAUAUUAUAUACUGUUUUCAAAGACACGUCACUUAACCUAGUUUUUUUCUAUUUAUCUCACGUGUUUUUAAUUCAAUAACACAUUCAUUUUUAAAUUUAGAAAUACCAGAACGCCUACCUUGUUUUACAAGUUACUAAAAGGGAAGGAAAAGAAGCAUUGUUUCAGAAUAACUUAAAGAUUGAGAAAAGCUAUGAAAAAAGUAAGUAUAUUAGUUAUUAUUUUUCAAUAAAACCUUUAGUAAAAAAAAUAAAAGAAUUGGCCGAAGCAUUUUCUAGGCCAGCAUUUUGUUAGUCCCCGUUUCUUUUGGCAAAGCUUUGCAAAGAGGAAGAGUUUCCGAAAUACUUGAAUGGAAGUUAGAAAACCUUUGACAAUAGUUUUUCCAGAUAUUUGUAUCUGAAAAUGAUAUCAGAAGUUUCAACACUAAAAGCAGCAGAGCGAGUCGAAGAUAUUCAUAUAAAAUAUAAGAAUAUAACUCGAUAUGCAGUUGUCACCAAAGAUGGAUCAAAAUAUAUUGACAAUGACACAGUUUUUCACCUAAUUCUUGAUUUGGCAAUUGAUGGUGUCGAUGAACAAGACAAGGAUAUUAUUAUUGAAGUUUUCAACAAAGCGAAUGCAAAAUAUGCGGAGAAAAAUGAUCGAACAUUUUUCUAUUUGUGUAAAGAAGAACUCGACACAUUUUGGAAUUCGAUGGCAAAUUCAAUUCAUAGUAAGGCAGCCAACUUGAAAUAUUUUCAAAUUCAAAAAUUAAUUUCAGAGUUGGUCUACGCAAAUUUUGUUUGCGAUACAAGUCGAUUUCUGUUUGAUACGAUUCACAAAACUGAAUUAUGGGAAAAAAUGGAGAACCAUUUUGCAAAUCGAAUUUUCAGUGAAUCUGCUACAAUAGAUGUUCUCAAAAAACUAACUCGUGAAAAAGCGAUUGAUUCCGAAAACACACUACUAAUUAUGGGUCAAAAAGCAUUUGUUAUUUAUACAGAAGCAUUAUCUGCUCUUCAAAAUCUGCAUACUUUCUCUCAAAAAUUUCCGAAUCGUAGAUGUAUUUUGAGAAUUGUUUCCAGUUGGAAAAUCAAAGAUCUUAGAGCUUGGCGUUUAUUUCAAAAUGAAUUUACGGAAGCUGUUCAAGUUUCAUUGAAAAAUGAAAACAAAUGGGGAGAUGGUAUCAUUUAUUUAUUUAUUUAUUUAUACUCAAAUAGAUUGAUUUCGGUUUUAUUUUUUUCAGAUUGGAGUAACUGGAUAUCAAAAAAUAAUUAUACAACAAUUGGUAUUGAGGAAUUCACGCUUCCGUCAGAAUCUCCAAAAAUGGAGUCGAGUAGAUUCAUAUUUGUUCCUGAUGUUCAAAUAACUAAAGAUUGGUUCGAAUUUCCACUUCAAAUGGAUUAUGAAUGUGUUUGGUUGUAUUCAAGAACUCGUGAAAAAAUCUAUCCACUAUCUCAAGCAAUUUAUUUGAUAACUCAAAAAUUAGCUGGAGAUGUUUCUGGAAUGGAAAAUAUGCUCAUGAUUCCAAAUAGACAAAACCAAGAAUUACUCAGCUACAAGCAAAGAUUGAUAAACGAAAUGAAACAACUCGAAGGGGAAUUUGUUCCUGCCAAAAAAAUUGACGAUUUUAUUGAAAAGUUCAAGCAAGAUCCUUUUUAUAAGAAGCACGUAAGUUAUAUUCAUGGAAUGUCUACGAAAGUUGAAAAAAUUUAAUUUUUUUGAUUGUUCAUUUUCAGUGCAAUUCAACUGCUCUUUCAAUGUGUCGUUCGAGAAAAUUCGAUGAUUUUAUUACCAGUUCUGAAUUUUCAAUUUUUGUCAAUAAUUUGGAAAAAGAUCCAAUGGAUGCUGGAAUUGUUGGUCAGCGAAUUAUUAAUUUCUUGGGCAUCGAUAAACCGUAUUUUACAAUUCAAAAAAUUGAAGUUUGGAAAGUUCGAUAUGUCUGCAUGUAUCGGUUGUUUUGUUUUUUCAUGUAUAAGGAACCUGGAGUAAGUAAAUAAAUCAUAAAUUAAAAUUUAUUAAAAAAAGUUAUUUCAGAUUCAAACUGCUGCUCUUUCUGCUUGGACAAUGAAUAUAACAGCAUUCGAAAUCAACAAUAUGGACGAUUUUGAAAACAUGCGAAGAGAAUUAGAACGCGCACUUGAUAUUUCUAAUCGUGAAAAAAAUCAAGAAAUUAUGAAAUUUGCUUCUGAAAGAAUGUUAAAGUUAUCAAAGUUAAGAAAUCAACGACUGAAAAUGGAUAAGAUUCAAACAGAAGAUGCGAAACAAGAAAAAGUCAAAAUUGAAACUGCGAAAACUGGAAAAAUACAGAAAGAAGAUGAUAAUUUAUUGCUUAUCAAAAACAAGGAUUCAGAAGAUUUUGAAAUUGAAAAAACUGAAAACGAAAUGAAAGAAACUAGAGAGAAAUUAUUCGAAAAACAACAAAAACUUAUUGAAAGUUUGAAAACGUAUGUGUUAUUAUCAUUAUUCAUUGAAAAGUUGAUUUCUAAAUAAUAUAAUUUUUUUCAGAGAAAUCUCGGAAAAUAAUAAAAUAUCGACUGCAAAAUAUGAUCGAAUCAAAGAAGAACUUCAAGAUAGAAAAUUGCACGUAGAAAAUAUUCGACGAGAAACUAAUAAUCAAAUGGAAAUUUAUGCAAAACAAAUUGAAGGAGCAAUUAAAGAUAAUGAAAAACUAAAAGAAAGUUAUAUAAUUCGUGGAACUCGAAUUAAUGAACUUCAAUUGGAUUUGAAAAAGUUGGUUUUUUUGUCAAUCUCAGUUUCUCAUUACAGUAAAAACCACUUUUUUCAGGGCUAGAGAAAAUGCAAAAACAGAGCGAAAUAGAGCAAAUAAUUGUUCAGAAAAACUCGAAGAGUAAGCUAGAAGAUAAAACUUUGUUUUUGAAAAUGAUAGUUUUCAGAGCAAAUAAAAAUGUGACAAAUUUGAAAAAGGAAUUGAAGGAUUUGCAAUUGGAUAUGAAAAAUGAAUUGAAAGAAAAAAAAUUGAUGGAAACUAAUUGGAAAGAAGCGAAAAUGUAUGAAAGUUUCGCUAAAUUUCAAAACAAAACGUUUAUUUUCAGACAAGUGGCAAAACUUGAAAAUAAACUACAUCGAUCUGAAACUUUGCGAAAAGAAGAAAUUGAAUCGAUUAAGUAUGAAAAAGAAGAUUUGGAAGUUCAACUUGCGAGGUAUUUGAUUGAAGAUAUUAAAUAGAGGGACUCAUUUCUUUUUUCCAGAAAAUCAGAGAGAAUUCUUGAAUUUGAAGAAAGUUCUGAUAAUCAAAGUAUUGAACAUGCGAGAAAAUUAAGUGAAUUUAUGAAUGAAAAUGAACAAUUGAAGCUUCGAAUUGAUGAAAUAACCGAGUAAGAAAAAUGUUUUGUAGUGUGAUUUGAAAACAUGUAUUGUCUUACAGAAGUUCUGCUGUUCUUCUUUCACAAAAUCAGGACCAGAAAGAUAUUCGAAUCAAAGAAUUAGAAAUGCGUCUAAAUAUGUUAGAAACUUGGUAUCGAGCUGGAAUCGAUUAUUUCAAUUCAUCAUUAAUUCCAAUUCAAUCAAUAUUUCCGAUUCCAAAUUCGCCAAGUGUUUCAAUUCCAGAAAGAUGUCAAUUAGUCGAGAAUAAAAUGAAACAAUAUCAGGAAAUUAUUGAAUCGAAUUGUGAUAAAUGGAUUGAUUGUGUUGAUAUUUCAAUUAGAAGGUUGGGUUUUAUUUUAUUUUUAUCAUAUUCAAAAACAAAACGACUAUUAUAGAUUUGCAAAUGUUUCUGGAAGAUCUAAAAGUACUGGAUUAGCAAAUCACGAAUUUUCAAAGUUCAAGAAACAAUAUCAAGCAAUUUUGAAUUUGUAUAGACAAGAAUAUAAUCGAAUCCAGAAUGAUAUUAAUCUGAAACUUGAAGAUUUGAAAAAUAUUCCAAGAAUGCCUCAACUUUCUAAUCGUUUUCUUCAAACAUAUGAAAGUUUGCUGAAAAAACAAAGGAAUUUUGAGAAAGUUGAGAAAAACAAGCCAGUCGGUUGGAUAAAUCAAAUCGUGGAAGAAAAUGAAGAAAAAGAGUUAGAGGUUAAUAGUGAUUUUUAAAUAUUGAUUUGAAAAUUAAAUAUUUUAUUCAGGAUCUCGAAUGUUUAAUUUGUGCUUGUGAUAUGGAUGAAAAUGAUGAAAGACUCACAAAAUGCUCGAAUUGUCAUAGAAAAUAUCAUAAUCAUGUAAGUGAACAAUUUUUUUUUAUUUUUUCAAGAUAUUCUUAAUUUUCAGUGUUUAUCUGAUUGGCUCAAAACUAACUCGAUUUGCCCAGUUUGCCGAAAAUCAUUACCAGAUCCCGAAUCAUUCCCAUCUUUGUAUUGA